UUCGUGGAAAGUCCAGUUCGGUUUUUAUGUGAAGCUCCAGAAAUCUCUGAAAUGUGUUUGCAUGUACUUCCCGAGCUAGCGGGGAUGUAGAGGUAGGGUUGCUGGACUCGGAAGGUUGGAGCUCACUCGCUUGCCUACAAGAAGUGCGUUUUACAUUCAUUUAUCAUUCCGAUGUGCUCGCUUUUAUUUUGGGCGAGAGUUUCAAUAUUUCUGGUGGGUGAGAAUGUGUUUUUUUCCUUUCUUUUUGACAUCAAUCUCUGUAGCUGCAGCUGUGUGAAGCUGGCUGGACUGGCAGAUCCCUCCCCUUCGGCUGCAUUGCUUUUGCAUAAAGGACGCCGAUUAUGUCAGCAAUCUGAACUGCAGUCCAAGGCUGUUGGGAUAAAAGACUGACUUGUGGAGCCAUUGUUUUACCUGCUAGCUGAAUUCCUCGCCCUGUGUGUAAUAACAUGUCUAGCGGCCAUCAGGAAGGAACCAGCAAACCCGAUGCCCUGGAUAACAGUGACGACGCUCAGCCCACUGUCACAGAGAGGAGAAACAAGAGCGGCAUCAUCAGCGAGCCUCUCAGUAAAAGUCUGAAGAAGUCUCGUGCUUUGUCACAGUACUCCACCGUCGGCAGUGCUAGCUCUGUAAAUGGACAAUUACACAAAGGAAGCAAUGUGGAGAAAAGCAACACUACCUCCACAACACAAAAAAACAUUGCACAAGUGUUGAACAAAUUGGAAAGGGCGUCCGAAAUCUCAGAAGGACAGAAUGGGUUACACUUCUCCCAGGCAGCUGAGCUGCUGAAACGGGCAGGGGCAGAACACGUGCUUCUCCCGAGCGACCAGGGGCCUGGGAUCAGUGACAUCGAGGCUGUCUCGGCCACAGAAGCCAUGAACAGCCCUGCCGACUUCCCCUACAUGGGGGGCUUUCCCUUCAACCCCGGUCUUUUCAUCAUGACCCCUGCUGGGGUGUUUCUGGCAGACAGUGCACUGCACAUGGCGAGCUUGGCAGAGUAUCCCAUGCAGAAUGAAUUGGCAUCUGCCAUUAAUUCUGGGAAAAAGAAAAGGAAAAGAUGUGGGAUGUGCCCUCCCUGUCGCAGGCGGAUAAAUUGCGAGCAGUGCAGCAGUUGUCGGAAUCGCAAAACAGGCCACCAGAUUUGCAAAUUCCGAAAAUGCGAGGAACUUAAAAAGAAGCCUUCAGCUGCCCUGGAGGUGAUGCUGCCGACAGGAGCAGCGUUCCGCUGGUUCCAGUAGAAGGAUCAAUCCCAAAGCUUUGUCAUCAAGUGCAUUGCCACCGCUUGCUUGUAUUGUCUCAAGCAAAGGAUAUUUGGCUGAAAAACUAAUGGAUGCACCUACUUUUCCUGAACCAAAAAUAAACAAAAGCCUAUGGCAACUUUCAUUCCUUUUUUAUAUGUUCUGUUUGGUACCUUUUGUCCUUUUUCAGCAGUUUUAAGUGUUUCUGACAUUGAUAAAUACAUUGCCAAACUGAGAAAUACCAGACUGAGUAUGGACAAUCAAAUCAUUUCUGUGUUUGGUGUUAAUGUUGUUUAUGUGUGAAAAUAAAACUGUACUUGUUUAGAGAAUGUACAUUUACAGCUAUAUUUUAAAACUAGUGGCUAAUGACAAGCACUAUUGUAAUUUAGCACCAUUGUUACUACUUACCACAUGUUCUGUAUUUCUGAGUUGUCCUUUUUUGUCAUAAAUCUCUAGUUUUUAAAUGGCUAAAAUGUUUGUAAUUAAAAGAAAAACGAAAAAGAUGUAGUAUCCAUUGUUCUGAUAUAAAAAAGAAAUGUUAGUUUCACUUCUUUACUCUUGUGUUCACACAGCCAGAGGUAUCUGUUUUGAAGGCGUUGCUGGAAACUUUUAUUACUCAAUGUUUUUUUAUUUUAUUUUGUGAAAUUGACAAGUCCUUUUUUAAAGUGUAUUGCAUCACCAAGAAGAAUGUUCAGUUGUAUCUGUAGACAGAACUUUUAUAAAUAUUGACAGAUGCAUUAAAAACCAGACCCGGCUCUGCUAUACCCACAGCAGCUGGGACCCCAGUCCUCUCGUUCAUACAGUAAUCUACAUCUUUAAACAGCCAUGCCCACACUCAGCUCUGCUAUACCCACAGCAGCUGGGACCCCAGUCCUCUCGUUCAUACAGUAAUCUACAUCUUUAAACAGUCAUGCCUACACUCAGCUCUGCUAUACCCACAGCAGCUGGGACCCCAGUCCUCUCGUUCAUACAGUAAUCUACAUCUUUAAACAGUCAUGCCUACACUCAGCUCUGCUAUACCCACAGCAGCUGGGACCCCAGUCCUCUCGUUCAUACAGUAAUCUACAUCUUUAAACAGUCCUCUCGUUCAUACAGUAAUCUACAUCUUUAAACAGUCCUCUCGUUCAUACAGUAAUCUACAUCUUUAAACAGUCCUCUCGUUCAUACAGUAAUCUACAUCUUUAAACAGUCCUCUCGUUCAUACAGUAAUCUACAUCUUUAAACAGUCAUGUUUGUAAUAUUUUAGCAGUUUGGACUGUUUUGUGAAUUAAAUGAAUGCAUGUAUUUGUUCAAGAUUUACAGUUUAAAUUGUACGUCUCCUUUUGCAUGCUGUAUUUUUAAAAUACUGUGCAUCAUUUUGAUAAAAACAACGCAGUAUGAAAACAGUCAUGAAAACGUUGGGUUUUUUUUUAAUUUUUUUUAUUUGUUUUUUGCUUUGAGGAUCUGGUUUCGACUUUACUUUGGUGAUUUAAGGUGGUACAGUAAAUACACUAUUAACAUGUAAUACUGAAAAUAUUCCUUUGGGUGCUUACUAUAAUUUUAUAUUUUAAUAAUAUAAGAAAUGUGAAAAUAGAUAGGAUGUUUUAAAAACCAUAAUGUGAGUGAGUGAUUGCAAUUUCAUAUCUAUAAAAUAAAAUUUGUUGCAAAAAGUUGCAGUUAACUGUACAUUGUGAUUACCCUGUAUCAUGUUUAAAGUGACUUUAAAACUGUGCUAAA